CGGCGGGUGAUUGACAGCGGCGGCGCGCGUCGCCCUGGCAACGGGGGCCGAGGGAGGCGGCGGCAACGGAGGCGGCGGAGGACAAGUGAAGAUUCGGAUUUGAUAGCCCGCAAAAAUGUAAUUCUGGAGAGGUUUUCUGGCCUGAUCAAAUCCCAGCAUGUACAGACCAGGAGAGAAGCCGAAACGGCGGCUGCGCGCUCACAGCUCCAGCAUCCGAAAUGUCGAAAUUGCCCGAGGGAGAGCGGGAUAUGGUUUUACUCUUUCUGGCCAAGCUCCCUGCGUGCUGAAUUCUGUUUUAAAAGAGCCUGCAGAUUACGUGGGGCUGAAGGCAGGGGAUAAAAUCUUUGCCAUCAAUGAAAUUAACGUGAAAUGGGCCUCCCACGAAGACGUAGUGAAGCUGAUCGGCAAAUGCUCUGGGGUUUUGCACAUGGUCAUCGCCGAAGGCUACGGUCACGCGGAAGCUGGUUCUAGCGAGGACGAAGAUGGUCUUCAUGACGGGAAGGGGUGGCCAAAGACCAAGCUUGACCUGAAAGGCCCGGGGAUAAACCGGGCGGUGAAAGUGGUCGAGGAAAUGCAAUCCGGCGAAAUUUUCAACAUGAUCUUCGAAAAUGCCAAUAUUUCUGCUGGCGAUACGCAGGCACCAAAACCAAAAGAAAGGUCCGUUCACGAGGGGGCCAAGUUGGAAAUAGAACCUCCUCCCGAGAGCGAUCAACCCCUCGCACCGUACAACGAGGAGCGGCCCCAGGUCUUAAAUCACGACUCGGUUUUUCGAGGUGGACCAGAGGACCCAGAAUGCUGCGGAAUUGACGCGAGCAUUUUAAACGUUGCCAUGGUGGUGGGCUACCUGGGAUCGAUCGAACUUCCUUCUUCCAGCUCAAAUCUGGAGUACGACAGCUUGCAGGCCAUCCGCGGCUGCAUACGCCGCCUUCGGGCCGAGCAAAGGAUCCAUUCGUUGGUGGCCAUGCAGAUCAUGCACGACGCCAUUCAGCUGCGCACAAACCCGGCCGUCGUGAUUGCCACCUACCCGGCCGAGAAACUGGCCUUCAGCGCACUCUGUCCCGACGACAAAAGGUUUUUUGGACUGGUUACCAUGCAGAGCGUUGAGGAGGCGAGCUUAACUCCGGAGGACGAAGCGGUCUUGAGGACAUCCUGUCACGUCUUUAUGGUGGAUCCGGAACUCUUCAGUCAUAAAAUUCAUCAGGGUAUCGCCCGACGGUUCGGAUUGGAAUGCACAGCCGAUCCGGACACCGACGGUUGCCUCGAGUUCCCCUUGUCGUCUCUCCCGGUCCUUCAGUUCGUCUCCGUCCUGUACAGGGACAUGGGGGAUUUCAUCGAGGGGGUGAGGGCCAGGGCCUUCCUGGAUGGAGAAGCGGAUGCCCAGCGGAACAACAGCAUGAGCAGCAACAGCGACAGCGGGAUCGGAAACGUCAACCAGGAGGAAAAAAGUCGGGUUUUAGUCGUUGAUUUGGGAAGCAACUCCAACAAACACACUCUUGGCAAUCUACAGGGCAGUCCAAUAAACAGAGCUCAAAAUACCCACUGGAGUUUUGGUCCCGAACAAGAAAACGUCGGAUUGGGGCCCGCAUUCCAGAAUGACAAAUCUCAAAACCUAAGUAAAUUUCUGGCGUCUUCAGCUCACGUUGACAUUCCGGGCACUUCGUCCAAAACCUCAGGGCCCCCGGGUCAGAAGAACCCGGGGGACCAUCAGAGGUGGUUGCCCGCUCACGUCCUGAAGGACUGGCAGCACGGAUGCCUGAGCGACCAAGAGUCGUACACGGAUUCUACCGACGGCUGGUCAAGCGUCAACUGCGGGACGCUUCCGCCUCCCAUGAGUAAUCCCGCGGACAGAUACAAGGUCAGCGGCAGCUUUGGUCAACCUCAUCUCCUGUCCCCAAAGAAAGAAGUGGCGGAGACAGAAUUUCAGAGGGAGGAUCGCUUGGAUUCUCGACACGGCUUCAGAUCACCCAAAGAAGACAGGAAGGGCGCAAAAUUCGGACCCGCUUUCGGAUUGGUUCAACUCUUCCAUCACUCCUCUUCGGCUCGGCGAUCAUUUGGGCGCUCCAAGAGAUUCAGCGUUACCCGAUCGCUUGAGGAUCUUGAGUCUACAACUGUGUCUGAUGGAGAGCUGAAUCACAGUGACUUGAAAGAUGGCGCCAGUGACACCAGCCUCAGCAGCAAUGCCAGUCUGCCCAGUGUCCAGAGCUGCCAACGACAACGAGAAAGAAGAGUUGCCAGUUGGGCUGUUUCCUUUGAGCGUCUUCUUCAGGAUCCCCUUGGUAUUCGAUAUUUCUCUGAUUUUUUACGGAAGGAAUUUAGCGAAGAAAACAUCCUGUUUUGGCAAGCCUGCGAAUAUUUUAAUCACAUACCAGCUCACGACAAAAAGGAGCUUUCAUUCAGAGCGCAGGAGAUUUUUAAUAAAUAUUUAUGCAGCAAAGCUACGACGCCAGUCAAUAUCGACAGCCAAGUCCAGCUGGCGGACGAUGUCCUGACCGCACCGCAUCCGAACAUGUUCAAAGAUCAGCAGCUUCAGAUUUUCAAUUUGAUGAAAUUUGACAGCUACGCACGCUUUCUGAAGUCUCCGUUUUACCAAGAAUGUGUUUUAGCCGAAGUGGAAGGCCGUCCGGUCCCCGAUCUGCAAUGGGUCCCAAGCAGCCCUACGCUGAAGUCCAAUAUCAGUCCUGACAUGUUCGGUGUUUCCUCUCCGAGAAAGUUAGGCGGAAAAGCCAAGUCUGGGCGCUCCUUGAAUGAAGAAUCUGGAGAAGAAGAUGGCGAGAAAAAGAAAAAAGGAACUUUUUUUUCCUGGUCGAGGAGCAAGAGUUUGGGGAGGUCACAGAAGAAGAAGGAGAACGGCAGUUGCCUCAAAGAGUCUUCUCAGCCUGGUGGGCUCUCCUACAGACAUAAAUCACAAGAUUCUUUGUCUUCGGCUGCGAGUCUGGAGAUGGGCGAGCCCUGCCAGCCAUCGGGACCUCCCACGGCAAAAGAGAAGCCCCCCAAGUGUUGCCAUGUCCACCUGCCCGAUGGCUCCACUUCCAUCAUGCCCGUCAGAGGCGGGUUCUCCAUCAAAGAGGUGCUGUCCGACUUCUGCGAAAGGCAACGUAUCAACAUGGCUGCCGUCGACCUCUUUUUAAUCGGCGGAGAUAAGCCACUCGUACUGCAGCAGGACAGCAGCAUUUUGGAUUCUCAAACUCUUCGCUUAGAAAAAAGGACGUUAUUUCGGCUCGACCUGCUCCCUAUAAAUAGAUCGGUUGGUUUAAAAGCUAAACCCACCAAGCCAGUCACGGAAGUUCUGCGUCCGGUCGUUGCAAAAUACGGAUUGAAUCUUAAUAAUCUGGUGGCCAGACUAAACGGGGAGCAAGACCCCUUAGACCUCGGGGCGCCCAUCUCCAGCCUUGAUGGACAGAGGGUGAUUCUGGAAGACAAGAUUUUGAAAAAGGGGAAAGACAAGGGAAAAGGAGCCUCCUUAAAACACAGUGCGCCUGUAACUACUAAUGCAGGAAACCAAACACUCACAAAUUUUUCGAACUCAUAUCCAAAGUCCAGAGUAACCGAGCCGACGACCAACGAGGGUUGCUGCGAAAAGAAGACCUGGUUUUGCCCGACUUCCUUCAAAUGCCACCAUGCCAGAUGGGCGUUUGCACAUCUGUCCCCAGGGAUGCUACAGGCACUUCUCCGAGGACGCCCCAUCCUGACGGCCAGGAGAAAAGGAGCCAGGAGGACAGGAGAUGCCCACAAACCCCAAGCGACUCGGCAGCCGGACAAAGAGGUCCAGAGAAGGCUCUGGGGGUGCCCGUGGCCCUCAACCAAGCGGCCAACGGUGGCACCGGCCCUGGCACUGCCCCCCGCCCUCCGAAUCUGCUUCUGCAGGGCAACCACAGGUGGGAAGAAGAGGUGGAGACAAUGGAGGAGGAGGAGGAGGAGGGGAAGACGUCCUGGCAGACGUGACCCUUGUGCCCGAGGGGGACAUCGCCAGCCCCCCAAACCGCAGGCUGACCCUCCCCGAGACGGGAAGUCCCACCGAGACCAAAAGCGCCUCCGAGAAAUUCAGACCAGGUGUGCUCCCUAAGCCUAGAACCCACUCCCGAGGAAGCGAGGGGAGCCUUGACGACCCAACCUCCCCAAACCGUCGUCGUGACUUCAACCCCGCCGGGAUCCGAAAGGAAACUUGUAGGCCUGAACUCCCGAUCCGUUGCGUCAUCGAUGUGGACAGUGUUACGACAUCGCCAGGCCCGCGGUGGUCUUCUCCCGAACCGGAGAGCCAUGUCCUUUGUGACGGCGGCGUCUCGGAGCUCAGGGCCGGCCAGCCGAAAAGACAAACGAGAACUCAAAGGACAUCCAACCUUCCCUCUGUCCCUGCGGCCGGGAGUGCGGAGAACGAGGGUCCUUGUAAGGCGACUUUCGUUUGAAAGUCUGGAGACGACAACUCCUGGGGCUUUGGCUACCUGUGGCAUUCACCUGUGGAGCCACGGUGGCGCAGUGGUGGGAAUGUGGUACUGCAGGCUACUUCUGCUGACUGCCGGCUGCCUGCAAUUUGGCAGUUUGAAUCUCACCAGGCUCAAGGUUGACUCAGCCUCCCGUCCUUCUGAGGUCAGUAAAAUGAGGCCCCAAAAUUGUUGGGGGCAAGAUGCUGACUCUGUAAACUGCUUAGAGAGGGCUGUAAAGCCCUGUGAAGCGGUAUAUAAGUCUUAAGAGUUAUUGCUAUUCGAGUAGCGAAUACUCUGGGCAGCCCAACCGUCAUAUUGUUAUCUUCCUUCCUUCCUUCCUUCCUUCCUUCCUUCCCUUCCCUUCCCUUCCCUUCCCUUC